GCAGCCUCCACGCAGACUGCGUGACGUCAGCCUGGGUAGGAACAAAAACAUCGACUGUGAUCGGUUCCAGUCCGGCCUUGAGCCCGUCGCAGGUCCACCGGUACCAGAACCACCGUCUGUCCGAACUCCGUGACCCGGAGCUGCUGCUCCUGUAGCGCCACUAUGUCUGCCGGAACCGGGAGCAGGAACACGGAACCGUGGGGAGGGUUCGACGACCACCUCAUCCAGGGCGGCGGCGGUUCCGCCGUCAUCGACAUGGAGAACAUGGAGAACAUGGACGACACGUCGGGCUCCAGCUUCGAGGACGUGGGCGAGAUGCACCAGAGGAUGAAGGAGGAGCAGGAGGUGUCCGAGGAGGCGGCGGCCGCCGAGGACGACGGCGCCGAUGAGGGAGAGUUCCUGGGGAUGAAGGGCUUAAAAGGUCAGCUGGGACGACAGGUGGCUGACGAGGUGUGGCAGGCAGGGAAGCGGCAGGCCUCCAAAGCCUUUAACCUUUAUGCCAACAUCGACAUCCUGAGGCCGUAUUUUGAUGUGGAGCCGUCGCAGGUGCGCAGCAGACUGAUGGAGUCUAUGAUCCCUGUCCGCUUGAUCACCUUCCCCCAGAAGGUGGCAGGUGAGCUUUACGGCCCGCUGAUGCUCGUCUUUACCCUGGUGGCCAUUCUGCUGCACGGCAUGAAGACCUCCGGGACCGUCAUCAGGGAGGGAACCCUGAUGGGAACGGCGAUCGGAACGUGCUUCGGUUACUGGCUCGGCGUCUCCUCCUUCAUCUUCUUCCUGGCUUACCUGGUCAACGCCCAGAUCACCUUGCUGCAGAUGCUCUCCCUGCUGGGUUACGGUCUUUUCGGUCACUGCGUCGUCCUCCUGGUCAGCUACAACAUCCACUUCCACUUCCUGUUCUACGGCCUUUGGCUCCUGAUCGGAGGACUGUCCACGCUGCGCAUGGUGGCGGUUCUGCUGUCCCGGACCGUGGGCCAGACGCCCCGCCUGCUGCUGUGUGGGAUGCUGUCGCUGCUGCACAUGAGCUUCCUGCUGUACCUGCACUUCAGCUACCACCGGAUCCUGGAAGGGCUGCUGGACUCCCUGGAAGGACCCAACCUGGCUCCCAUGGAGAGGGUGGCCCGCGACGUGCCUGAGGUGACGCUCAACCUGACCACCAGGAGCCUGGGGGGCCUGGUGAGGGCCCACUGAGGGCCCACUGAGGGCCUACGAGGGGGCCCACUGGGGGCCCACUGAGGGCCCACUGAGGGCCUACGGGGGGCCCACUGGGGGCCCACUGAGGGACCACUGAGGGCCUACGGGGGUCCUGGUGAGGGCCCACUGGGGGCCUACGGGGGGGCCCACUGAGGGCCCACGGAGGGACCACUGGGGGCCUCCACGACCUCUACAUAAACUCUGAUGAGCUCACAGUGCGGUUCCCUCUGAGCCGGACCUGCUCUCCAUCCACAGAACCUUCUCAUGUUGAUCUGAUCACCGGUUCUAGGACCUUACUGGAGUUUCCUGUUAUUAUUUUAUUAGCCAGCGCUAACCUGCUAUCAUCCAUUAGUCCCAUGUUGUGUUUGAGGGAGUCAGAAACUGUGGGAAAUCCCAGCUUCUCUGUUCACUUCUCUAAAAAACUCAAUAAAAAUCUCCCAUUGA